AUGUCCACAACUCACAUUUAUAAAAUUGUACCAGGUACAAAGAAUAUAACAGCACUGGAGGAAACAACAAGCACACAGACUGAGGCCAAUACUAAGACAGAGGCUGCACCCAUGUCACCAGCCUGGGAAGGGAGCUCACUCAAGGUGCCUCCUGGGAGUGAGGCGACGAGCCCCACCUUCCCAACACCCAGGCCCAGCACCACUGCCAUCAGCAUGGACACAGCGAGUGGCACUGCUGCCUCCCUGUCCCUCCAGCCCAGCUCAGCAGCAACGACCCGCUCCUCCUUCUCAUCCUCUCCUGUGGGCUUCACAGAUGCCACUACCAUGGCACAGAAAAGCAGCACCAGCGAAAACACUGAGGCGGGGUUGGCAGCCACAUCCCACCCAUCCGUGGCACCCAUGUCCCCUGCUUCCUCCUCCACUCCUGCUGCUACAGGCACUGGGUCAGGCACUGUGUCAACAGAUGCUCUGACAGACAGUCCAGCUCCCAGCACGCCCAGCUCCACGACAUCGGCAUCCACCUCCAGCAUGUCCCUUGUCUCAGAGACCACCGAUGCCAGCCUGUCAUCCACACAGUCUGGCAGCAUUAAGAUGCAUGCAUUGCAGCUCACAUCAACAUCCAUCAUGCAGGGACAGGCCAUGACAGAGGUGGAAGCCACUUCAUCUUCCCCGGGAACCACCUUGGCUGCCGCAGCCACCACCUCUGAUGCUAACCCAGACACAGCUCUUCCCAGCAAAGUUGAAACUCCCAACAUGAACGAGGGGAGUGGCCUGACAACGAAUCCCAACACCCAGAUGAUGCCCUCACUCUCCGCCACAUUGUUGGUGACCCCCUCCACACCGCCAAUGAUGGAAGGAGAAAGGAAGACAGAGGCUGCACUCACGUCACCAACCUGGGAAGGGAGCUCACUCGAGGUGUCUGCCAGGAGCAAGGUGACGAGUGCCACCUUCCCAACACCCAGGCCCAGCACCACUGCCAUCAGCAUGGACACAGCGAGUGGCACUGCUGCCUCCCUGUCCCUCCAGCCCAGCUCAGCAACAACGAGCCACUCCUCCUUCUCAUCCUCUCCUGUGGGCUUCACAGAUGCCACUACCAUGACACAGAAAAGCAGCACCAGCAAAAACACUGACAUGACCUCAGUCCCUCCAGAAAGUGCUAUGGCUAGAUUUACAAGAUCCACAGCCAAUCCAAUUUUCACCACCACAUUCGUAUCAGGACCUUGUAUGCCAAUGUCCAUCAAAGUUCAGAAUGUGACUGGGUACGCAAUACAAUUCAGUUGGACUGGUGGCAGGAGAGGAAGCCUCCACACCAUCUCCCUCAUGGAUGGAAGUCGGGAGAUAAACAAAACAACUACAAACGAGACAAAAACUGUGUUUGAACAUUUACUUCCUGGUCAUGUAUACACAGUAUCUGUGGAAGAACAGUCUUGUGCUGGGGAUAGCAGGACUUCAGUUACUGUUCGAACAGAUCCUGCUUCCUGUUUCAACAGAACUGAGUUUUGCUUACCACAGAAUACUGCCUGUCCUGACUUGAAAUAUACUGUAUGCUCAUAUUAUCAAGCAUUUUCCUGCAGUGUUUUGUUAAAAAAAACAGACAUUUAAUCAUACACUUUAUGACUCUGAAAGUGAAGAUUACAAAACAAUGUCUGAAAGUAUCAAAACAGAAGUUGUUAGAGAAAUGCGCAUUAGACUGAAAGAUGACCAGUUCAGUAUCAUUGUGCUUGGAUUCAGACCUGGGAGUGUGAUCGCUGAUUUUAUUUCUCUAUUGCAAACCCAAGACUCCAUCAGUGUGACUGUUAUGCAGACACACUUAAGUCAAAUACUGAAGAGCAAGUUUGGUGACCAAACUGAAGUAAUCAUACGAUCUUCUUCUGCUCAGUCAUCAACUGAAAAAAAUUCCCCCUGGAAAGUGGCAGUGAUUGUCCUUGGAGUUUUACUUGGAGUUGCAUUACUGCUGAUUUUUCUGAUAACAUUGUUUUACAUUUAUAAGAAGAAAAGUUCGACUGCAUAUUUGGUUGAACCUAAAGGACUUCUGGGAAAUUUUGUCUACAAGCACUUAUAAUAAAAGUGUUCGGUUUCAUUUGCAUAUUUUUGUUAAGAGGGGAAAUUAAUAUAUUUUUCUUAAAUUCUAUGUUAAUUGUGUAUGUUAACUUAAGAUAACCCUACCCGCUCCUUCCCAAUGGCCACCACCAAAUUCCUGAGUGCCUAACAACCUUUAAUGAAUGAAUCAUCCUUUUAACAUUGCUCUCAGGUAUGGAGUGGUGAAAUCUCCCCAUUUUGCAUGUGCUAGAGUGAGGUAUGGAAAAACUUCUGUUUGGACUAUCAACUAUAGCUACCGCAAUGAUUCCUAACCAAUGGGUAUGAAGAGUGAUAUAAUCCAAACUACUCAAUAUUCUCAUACUUAGAUGACACAGCAAAGGCAGCAACUGAUCUUAGUACCUAUGGCAGGUCACCUAAGCUCACACAGCUGAGCCCAGUCAUCCUGUGAGGCUUUAUGCACUUGGGUGAUUCACCUCACCUGAGAUUUUUAUCACCAUAUGAAGAUGCCUUUUUCUCUCCAGUGACUGCAGAAUGAGUUCAGGGUAAUUAGUGUUCUAGCAUAUGCAAGUUGGUUAGGAGUCUUUAAAGGAAGAGUGAUAGAGCUGGGCUGUGUGGGUUUGUUAUAGGGCUUUCUGGAGGAGCAGGAGUUUGAUCUGGAACCUUCUUAAUUCAAGGUUAGUUUCUUUAAUUGUUGGGCUAUGAAGAAACAACUGCCUUUAUGUGAAAAAUGCAUAGUAUGCUAAAUACAGGUGUAUGUAAUUGGACAGCCUUAACGUGUUACUAGAUGGGGGAAGAGAGAAAAAAGGUUAAUUUGUGCCAAAGUAUUUUGCUCAUCUAUUUUUGCCUGGUAAAAAUGGUUGGUUGGGUGAGGAUGUGUCACACAGUGCCAUUUUGCCUUGCUUUUGAUGAUGCCAAAGCAGUGUCUGCUUAAAGCAGCCUGAAGGACCCUGUGGCAUUGAACCAGAUCUUGUGCUUUCAGGCACUGAAAAGAAAUAACCUUUACCUUUUUUCACUC